AUGGAGGACACUCAGGUUGUUGACUGGGAGGCUGAAGAAGAGGAGGAGACAGAGCAAUCCACUGAAUCCGUGGAGUGCAGCUUGGAGCCCGUAGGGCGACUGCAUAUCUUCAGCAGUGCCCGUGGACCAGAGAAAGAUUUUCCGCUAUAUCUUGGGAAGAAUGUGGUAGGCCGAAUGCCUGACUGCUCUGUGGCCCUGCCCUUUCCGUCCAUCUCCAAACAACAUGCAGUGAUUGAGAUCUUGGCCUGGGACAAGGCACCUGUCCUCCGGGAUUGUGGGAGCCUCAAUGGUACUCAGAUCCUGAGGCCUCCUAAAGUCCUGAGCCCUGGAGUGAGUCACCGUCUCAGGGACCGGGAGUUGAUUCUCUUUGCUGACUUGCCCUGCCAGUACCAUCGCCUGGUUGUUCCCCCACCUUUUGCCUCCCGGGGCCCUCUAACUGUAGAGAAGACACCCAGGGUCCAGGGAGGAACUCGACCCCAGGGGCUUCUGUUGGCUGAGGACUCAGAAGAAGAAUUAGAAUCGCUUUCUGAAAGCUCUGUGGUAAAAAGAUCAAGAACCAUAUCCUCCCCUUUGGCAACAGUAGUUCCAGAGAGUGAUGAAGAGGGGGCUUCCUCUGCCCUGGAUGUCCCUGGGGCAGCCUUUGCCUUUGACUUGGACAGUGACACAGAUGAUGAAGGUCAGCAGCCAGCAUCAGUAGAGGCUUCUUCAGCUGCUAGAAGAGGUGCCCCUGCAGGGGCAGAGCAGCCUGAUGCUAAUGGAGUCACAGCUGAACUCCAGCUUAAAAAAGAUCAGCCUUCAGCAAAAGAGAGGGACAGUGACACAAAAGUUGAGAGGGAUACAGGCAAUGUGGUGGUGCCAGUCGGGAUGAUUCUGGAAAGAAGUCACCCUGCUGGGGAGGACAGUGACACAGGUGUGGAUAAGGACAACAGGCCUCCAGGAAGACCACCUGAGGGCCAUUUGGCAAGGGGCCAGCCUUCUGGCUUCAGUGACAGUGAUACUGAUGUGGAAGAAGAGGGAAUCCCUGCGACCCCAGCUUUAGUUCCAAUGAAGAAGAAGCAUAUCUUCCAUGGAGUUGGUUUGUGUGAUCCUGAGGCGUCCACCUCAGAACAUAUCCAUAAGAGCCAGGCUGGUGGUGGUACAGAUGUGGAGCAAGUUGAGGACCUACUGGUAGUCCAUCUGGAAAGAAACCAAAGCUCCAUGGUGAUCAACAGUGAUACAGAUGAUGAGGAAGAAGUCUUAGCAGCACUCACUUUGGCACGUCUGAAAGAGAGGCGAGCCGCGACAGACUACAGAGCCUCAAAGGUGGAAGUGGACAGGGCCCCCUCAUCUGUGGUCCUUCUGGAGCAAAACCAAACCUCUGGUGAGAGAGACAGUGACACAGAUGUGGAGGAGGAGAGACACCCAGUGGAAAAGAGACAGACUGUCCCCAAGGGUCGCACAGACAAGGAUGGAGACAUUGUUACUGCACAUUCAGGAAAGAGCCAAUCUCCUCCUAGGGACGGUGAUAUAGAUGUAGGGGGAGAGAAGGGCUCUUCUGGGGCCUACCUGGAAAGAAGCCAAGCUUCCAUGACAAUAGAUAUCAACACAGAAAUGGAGGAGGAAAUCCUAUUAGAGCCGACUGUCCCAUUGGAGCUACAUCUGGAGAAGCAUCAGGCACCUGUGGAGGGGACAAAUCAAACACAUGUGGAAGCAGAAGGGGGCCCAGCAAAGCUGCCUGUAGUGUACCUAGAGGGAGCCCGGCCUCCUCCAGAUGAGGACUUCGAAGCAGAUGAGGAGAAGAAUACGUCCUUUGUGGCCUCAGCAUUGGCAGAUGUAAAAAAGAACCAGCUUCCAGCAGAAGGGGAUGCUGUGACAGAGGGGGCUGCAGCUGUUCUUAAGCAGGAGAAAGUUCUUGAGGCAGGGACCCAGGAUAGGCCAUCUGUGGCAGCACCAGAGCAAGACCUCCCUGUCUCAAGGGAGAACCUAACAGAUCUGGUGGUGGUCACAGGCAUUCCAGGGGACCCCAGCCAGCCACAUAGAGAGGGAGCCCAGACCCCCACAGAAAGGGAGAGAGAACAUGCAAACAGGACCAAGGACUCUAAGGACAGCCAUGAUGAUUCUGAAGAUCUGGACCUACAAGCUACCCAAUGCUUUGUGGAGAGAGAGAAUCUGAGACUGGAAGCAAUAGAGAGCAUAGAGGAAGAACCUACCUUCCUGUUUACUUUACCCCAAGAAGAAACUGGCCCUUCCCAUUGCAGCUUCCAGAUCCCAGGCUGCUUGAAUUGCAAGAUGCCAUCUGCUGAGAAGGCUUCCAGGGUGAGACCUGCUUUCUCUACCUCCCCCUACAUCCAAAAUGUGGAGACAACAGAUAGACCUGGGUAUUCCCCAGAGCCCCAGCCUAAGGCCUCUCGGAGCCGCAAGAGGACUUUGGCUACCAUGGAUUCACCGCCACCUCAAAAACGGCCUCAAAGAGAGGUAGUUCCCCAGAAGGCAGAGUUCCUUGAGGAAGAACGAGAAGAUUCUACAGAAAGGCCAGGGAAGAAAGAGAAUGUAGUGAUUCCAGGACCACGUAAAAGAAAGAGAGACCAGACAGGGGAGGAGCCCAAGGAAACACAGAGCCGCAGCCUCCGACAGACCAAACCUAACCAAGAAUCAGCCCCGAAAGUGCUCUUCACAGGAGUGGUGGAUGCGCGCGGAGAGCGGGCUGUGCUGGCCCUGGGUGGAAGUCUGGCCAGCUCAGUGACAGAGGCUUCACACUUGGUCACUGAUCGAAUCCGUCGGACAGUCAAGUUCCUGUGUGCCCUGGGCCGGGGGAUCCCUAUCCUCUCCCUGGACUGGCUGCACCAGUCCCGCAAGGCUGGUUGCUUCUUGCCUCCGGAUGAAUACGUGGUGACUGAUCCUGAGCAGGAGAAGAACUUUGGCUUCAGCCUUCGGGAUGCCCUAAGCCGCGCUCAGAAGCGAAGGCUGCUGGAGGGCUAUGAGAUUCAUAUGACCCCUGGAGUCCAGCCGCCACCACCUCAGAUGGGAGAGAUCAUCAGCUGCUGUGGAGGCACUGUCCUGCCUAACAUGCCACGGUCCUAUAAGCCUCAGAGAGUUGUGAUCACAUGCUCCCAGGAUUUCCCUCGAUGCGCCAUUCCCUUCCGGGUUGGGCUACCCCUCCUGUCCCCCGAGUUCCUGCUGACAGGAGUGCUGAAGCAGGAAGCCAACCCGGAGGCCUUCAUCCUCUCCACUUUGGAAAUGUCACCCACCUGA